CUCGAAGCUUAGCAAAUUAAUUUAGUAACUUACUACUUACACACAUAAAGACACAAAAUAAAAUGGCCGAUAAACCAAAACGUCCGCUCUCUGCUUAUAUGCUGUGGUUGAACAGCGCACGCGAGGGGAUCAAACGUGAGAAUCCUGGCAUCAAAGUCACCGAGGUGGCGAAGCGUGGAGGUGAAUUAUGGAGAGCAAUGAAGGAUAAGUCGGAGUGGGAGGCAAAGGCAGCCAAGGCUAAGGACGAUUACGAUCGUGCCGUGAAGGACUUUGAGGCCAAUGGUGGUGGUGGUGGUGCGCCGAAUGGAAACGCCAAGAAACGCGCAAAGCCUGCCAAAAAGCCAGCGAAAAAAAGCAAAAAGGAAGAAUCCGAAGAUGACGAUGAUGAGGAGAGCGAAUAAAGCAUUACAUAUUACUUUGUUGGCAUAAUUAAGGAAAACCACAAGAACAUCUGUAGUGGUCCUCCUCCUGAUUCAGUCAAUCGCAUUUCGUCUAAGCUACACCACCAACCCACACACACUGCACACAAACCACAUACCCAAAAAAAAGAAAAGAAAAACAAACAAAAAACCCAUAACAAAGAGACCACCUCCAAUAAUAUCAAAAGAAACAGGAAUGUUGCUGUCCGAAAUACGCAACAGCAACAACAACAAAAUGAACAUAUGCAAAAUUGUAUUUAUACUUAAGAAUUUAAGUUUAUAGUAGGCGAGUCUUUUAGUAUACACAUUUCACGAGAGGACAAAACACUUCCGUUUUUUUUUUUUUUAACGUCGAGCUCAACGCGUGCCGGAUUUUUGGAUCCCGCCGCAU